UUGGCGCGAAUAACCGUGACGUCAGGCGUCUGGAUCGAUGUCGAUAGACGCUGCGGUAGUACGACGUCGGGGUCGACGACCUCCCUCCCCCCUCCCCCUCAUACCCAUACCUUCACCCUCUCACCCACGGCCCCCGACUACUGCAAUCGCAUCCCACCACGGGUACACGAGGUCCGUUCGUCCCGCGCACCUCCUAUAGACAAUCACCCGCUCUUUAUGGUGAUGCAAACGUAA